CAUGCCCCGCCCCCGUCCUCUCAGUCCUGCAGCCGCGCAGCGCCCUGACAGAAUGGCGGCUCUUUUGGAAUCACUGCUGUUGAAGAAAGUGGACGUUAAUACGGUCGUAGACUGGCUGAAAAAUCUCGAGGAGCACGACAAGCUGUCACUCAGCAAACCUGGGGUGACAGUUCACAAACAGGAAUUUGUUCCUUUUCUUUUAAACUUCCUGAGAGAUCAGAGCAGUCAAGCACUAACCCAUGGCCCUGCCACACCGGCCAAGACCCCCAGCCGUCCCAGGCCUGCUGCACAGACCCAAGGCUUCACUGACAGGAGGGGCUGCAGGUCUGCUGGUGGUGCUGGUUCACGGAGUGCCAGCCGGAUCCAGCUGUUUUCUCCGGCCACAUCAGUUUCACCUGAUACUGAGAUGGAUGCUGCUGGUCAGUCAGGAUCCCACUGUCUGAGCGGGGUCAGUGCCUUAAGCAGCCCUUCCUUUACAACAACCUGGAGCCCUGCCUCCAGGCCCUCAGGCUACGAGCGCCGGCCUGGCCAGAGGAUCAGUCUGGGGGACUACAUGGUUUCUCCACCGGACCUCCAGCACAGCCCCAACCUGCAGUCACAAAAGGGCCGCAGGAGGAGUGGUGCUGGCGGUGGUGGCAUUGCUGUCGGGGGACAAGGAAGACAUGGAGGAGGGCGUGGAGGACACCACAGUGAUGAGAAUGGACGAUGGGACAGUGGGGGGAGGAGGUCAGGCAGAGGAGGAGGAGGAGGAGGAGGAGGGUACAGUAGGAUAAGUGAGCAGGUUUCACCUCCAUCUGUGGGUCAGCUCAACUUCAACAACUUGGAAGAUUUUCCUCCUGUUGGUUCAUCACCAGUUUCACCAGUGGCAUCCAAACCAUCUAGAAGAAUAAACCCAACACCAGUCAGUGCAGAGCGGCCACACUCCAAACCAAAGACCUGCUUCACUUCCACUCCAUUCAGGAAGCUCUCUAGCCCCCCAUCAGGGGGAGAGGUGCUUCAGGGACCGAUGACAGUGAGCAGUCCUCUGAGCCUGCAGGAGGAAAGGGAACUACUUAAGAGGGAGAAAACCAAGCGUGCCCAGCAGGUCAGCUCUCCUCUGCCCUCCUCUCUGGAUCCUUGCACCCCCACCAAGUCAGGGCUUAGGACUGGAUCUAAAGUUACACCUGACCUGCAGACACCUUGUCCUGAACCAUCCAAAGUCACCUUCUCCACGGAACUGGAUCUCUUGGCAGAGCUGUACUGUACCUGCAUUUCUGAAAAUCUCGUGCCAAACAUUUUCCUGGAGCUUUUCUUUGUGAUGCAGUUGCUAACGUCUCAGUCCCCUCACACUCAUGAUGAUGACGAACAGGAAAGUUUGUGUGCUGUAAAUUCAGAUGUUCUGGAGAGAUGUUAUCUAAGACAAGUACACAACUGUGUGCAUUUUGCAGUAAAGGUUCUGGAGAAUCAGUUUCAGUUGGUCGCUCAUCUCGACAAGUGUACAUUGCGUCUACUGGCAGAGAAUGAGAGGGUGGCAUCUUUCUCUCCAGGUCUCAGGGAUCGUCUUACUCAAGCCCAGGACAGAAGCACAGCCACGCUUUCUCCCUCAGUUUCCACUUUCAUCCACUCAGUCCCGUUCCGGCCUGCUACGGACAACAGGUCCAACUUUGGAAGUGAUAAGGCCUUCCACACCUUUAAAAAACAGAGGGAUAUUUUUUAUGAGGUGCUGCGGGAAUGGGAGGACUUUCAUAUGGAACCAGGAUGGAACUUUGAUGCUGCGUUAGGGAGCAGGAUAAGAGGAAUGAUGAGUCAACUGACCUCUGCAGGAAACCAUUCCCAUUUUGCACGUCUGUUCCUGAAGCAGCUUGUUCAGAUGUGUAAAGGCCCCCGUGUGAACAGCUCCCCCGGGGAUACCCCUGACACUGACCUGCUAGGUAUGCUGGGAGCUGACAGCUUGGGGCGUCUGAAGCGCCUUGAAGAGCGUCUCAUUCAGCCUCAUGGAGUAGUCGGCCCCUGUCCUCCUCCAUCCUUCCCUGGCCACCAGGAGUUCUUCAGAGACUUCCUGCAGACAGCUAGCUGCUGCCAGCUGAACCAGCACCUGCAGGACAGCCUGUGUCAGCAGCUCCUGCAGCUGGAUGAGGUGUCCAUCCUGAGCCCCCCUGCUUCCAUUGGUGAGGGAGAGGAGGAGGGAGAUGGAGACAUGGAGCAUCAGGAUGAGAAGCAGCGGUUCACCUCAGUGCUACUCCUCGCUCGUCUUCUGGCUAAGUUUCUUGGAUUUAUUUCUUUUCUGCCUUACCAAACAUCUGAGAGACCAUCCAGAGAGAUUCAGGAGACUGCUGUAGCCCUGCGCAGCAAGAGCGUUCCAGUGCUCGAUGUGUGUGCUGUGCUGAGUAACAGUGUGAGAAGGAGGCGCACCAUCCUUACUGUCCCCUGGCUUGUGGAGUUCCUCUCCAUGUUGGACUUUAUUGGUCCUCUGCUGCUCAGCUACAGGACUGCGUUAGGCACACUGCUCCUCCUGUACAGGAGAAUGCUGCUGGGCAGAAGUGGAGAAAUGUGUUACCUGAACAAGCUCCUAAUGGUGUCUGUAUUAGGGUGGCUUUUCCAGAUCCCAGUGAUUCCUGAGGACAUUUUCUUCACCAGUGAGUUCACUGAAGUGGCUAAGCUGGAGGACAGCAACACAAGUGGUGCAGGACUUGACUGCAUUCCCCUGGUGGGUCAGCAGCUUCUCUAUACGUGUUGUCCAUUUCUUGGUGAGUUUCGUAAGCUUCUAGCUGCCUUUGUGUCUGGAAGCACGGCCAAAAGUGGAGGAAUUAUCCGCAAGAUCACUCCCACUUCUGCUGAGCUCAGGGAUACGCCAGCUGCCAACAGGUCCCAGCAGAAACUACAGGUGGACCUGGAGCAAGCCUUCUUUCACAACCAGCCUCCGUCAUUGCGCCGCACUGUGGAGUUUGUAGCUGAGAGAAUUGGAUCCAAUGGCGUCAAGCAUAUGAAGGCCACAUUAGUGAGUGAGUUGGUGGAGAGAGGAGAGAAGAUGCUGAGAGAUGGACUGGAGUUGCCAAACUCAAAUCCUUCAAAACUGAAUGACUCCAUCUGUGCUCAGCUGUGUGAUGCUGGAUUGGAGGCCAUGGCACGAGCCACGAGAUUUUGUUGUGAGAAGAGUCCUGAAGCCAUAAGAAUUCUGCUCCCUGAGGAGACCUCCUCUGCUGUUCUGACCACAUCUGAAAAUAUCACCAAACGUCUUGCAACAGAAAAAGCCUGCAGCUGGCUCUCUGCCAACAUUACAGCGCUCAUAAGGCGCGAGUGGAAGACCAGAUAUGACCGUGUGAUGAAGGCUCUAGGUAGCCCUGUGGCUCCAGACGUGGGGGACACGGAGCGGGCUGCGGACGAGUUGGUCACCCAGGAGCAGUCGACUACUCCCAAGAGAAAACGAGGAAGUGAGAGAGUGAUCUCCUGCCCUCCACACUGCAACCACAGUGCUUCACUGCCCUCAGACAUCCUCAUUGAGAUGAAGGAGUGGUUGAGCAUCGCAGUAGGUCCCAGGACUGAUGAGGAGCUGCCAACCAGCUCUCAGCUCAUAACGCUGCUCCAGAGAGUGGGAGACACACUGGCCUGCAGAAAGUUUUCAACUGUGAUGUCAGAGCAGAUGCUUCUGAACUGUACUGUCCUACUAGCCUGCAAACUAGUGUCUGCUGAGCUGCCGGUACAGUCUCUGUCAGGGUGCAGCGGAGGUGGAGAGGUUAUUGUGGGUCCUGGUUCGGGGUCAGAGCCUCCUGUCAGAUCAGUGCUGGAGCAGCUUGCUGAGCUGUGGGAGAGAGACUGCUGCUCCUCCGCCCCCCUCCACCUGCUGUUCACCCCGCUCACUGUCACUGCUGUGCUGAAGGCCAGCGACACUGAGUGGAACAACUACCUGUUCCUGGUUAGAAAGCUGGUUGACAGAGGAAUCUUGGGCGAGGAAGAGGUCAUAUCUCAUUGGAAGAAGCUAACAAACUUGGCCUUGCCAGCGGAGCUGAUAGAGAAAUUUCAGCUGCAGUCACAGAGUAUUAAACCCCCCUUGCCUCUGGCUGACUUACAAAGUCAUAUGGACAUGCUGCAGGUCUCACAUCAGACAGUAGAGGGCGCUACGUGACAACAAUGAUACUACCCAAGUGUCCCCACAGCAUCUUUUGUGUGAUCACCACUGUGUUUUAAGUCACAUCUGUCAGUGUGUUGUUCAAGUGAGAGACAGUUCUGGGUGACCUCUUGUUGUUGACCAUUUUUCUGCACAGCCCAUCAGUGCUGUUUCACUGUAGGCCUCUGCACAGACUCUGUAAGCUUCAGACUUUUGUUCUUCACCUGUGAAGUGACAGCAACCUUUCAUGAAUCACUCUGCUAUUUUGCUGGCAAGAACCAGAAAGUCCUGCCAGUCAGUGGCAGCAGCUAGGGACAGCACCAUCUCUUACCUUAGAUCAUUGGAACCUUCCUGCAACUAAACAUGAUUAUACCCGAAGAGAAAUACUAGCACAAAUCAAACAUUUCAAACAGUCAAGAGCACAGUGAAGUAUUAGCAAAGACAGCAGAAGGGAGCCCAGGUUGGGCAUUGUGAGUUUUUGCAGCCAGGAAUGUAAACUGAGUAACUCUCCUGUCACAUAAACGUAUUGGCUCAAAUACAGAUACUGAAUAUUCAAUCAAAUAAUUUUGACACAUGAAGUUCAACCAGAUGCUCCAGGUUUAUAAGACACUGCAUUAGACAGUUUAUAAAAAUGGACUGAAAAAUGUGAUUUUUUGUUAGUUUUUAGACCCACCAGAGAAAUUAAAUGUCUUUAUUUUAGUAUAGCACUUUCACACACUGCCUUUGACCGCCACUACUAGUGAAUUGCAUGUUUAUUUCAUGAAUGCAAGAAUGCAUUUGUGAUUAUUUUUGUUCAUGUUGAAUGAGCUCUGUAUUCUCUGCUGCUUUUAAAUUGAAAUAUUUUUAUGUUGCCACAAAGUAAAAAAUAUGACAAUAAAGAUGUAUUCUGGUUUAAGUGUUUGU